GGCGGCGGUGCGGCCAUGGCUUGGGGCUUAGCGUGCGGGGUGGAAACUCUGCUGGUGCGGAGCGGCUGUUUCAUAUGGCAGAUCGUACUGUGGAUUAUCAGGAGGUGUUACCUGCAAAGGAUGAGGUCAUGCCAACAGUGCCUACAAACCUGCUUCUACCUGGGGGAAGUCUAUCAGAUGACAGAGGGCCGACUUUGCCAGGUGCAGCUCCUGGACGACAGGAAGUUGGAGCUGUUGGUUCAGCCAAAGCUGUUAUCUCGUGAACUUUUGGAUUUGGUAUCAUCCCAUUUUAACCUUAAAGAAAAGGAAUAUUUUGGCUUCACCUAUUUAGACGACAUUGGUCAGUGCAAAUGGUUGCAGCUGGACCGCAAAGUGCUGGAACAUGACUUCUCCAAGAAAUCAGGGCCCAUUGCUCUUCAGUUCCUCGUGAGGUUUUAUAUUGAAAGCAUUUCACUCCUGAAGGAUCCCACAACAGUGGAGUUGUUUUUCUUGAAUGCCAAAUCUGCCGUUUAUAAUGGUGAUAUAGAGGUGGACAGUGAGCUGGUUUUCAAAUUAGCUGCUCAUGCAUUGCAGGAAUCUAAAGGAGACUAUACAAGUGAUGAAAACACCAGGGCGGACCUGAAGAAACUUCCAGCACUGCCCACUAAAGUACUGCAAGAGCAUCCAUCACUAGCAUACUGCGAGGAGCGUGUUAUUGAGAACUACAAGCUGUUGAAAGGGCUCUCCAGAGGCCAGGCCAUUGUGCAGUAUUUGACCCUCGUGGAGUCCGUGCCUACGUAUGGAGUGCAUUACUAUGAAGUAAAGGAUAAGCAAGGCAUUCCGUGGUGGCUGGGCAUCAGCUAUAAAGGCAUAGGGCAAUAUGACCAUCAAGACAAAGUGAAGCCUCGAAAGCUCUUUCAGUGGAAGCAGUUGGAGAACUUGUACUUCAGGGAGAAGAAGUUUGCUGUGGAGGUCAAUGAUCCUCACAGGAGGACAGUGACUAAACGCACUUUUGGCCAGACGGGACUGGUGAUCCACACAUGGUAUGCCAGUCACUCACUGAUCAAAACCAUCUGGGUCAUGGCCAUCAGUCAACAUCAGUUCUACCUGAACAGAAAACAGAGCAAAGCAAAAAUCAUCACAGCCCGAAGUUUAGGAGAUAUCGCAGCUGACUUGACCGAGAACGGAACGUCAAAGAUGAACAAACUGAGUGCAGGAGUGAAGAAUCAGCUCAUCAUGGCGAGUAACGGAAGUCUGGUUUCAACAGGGUCGGCUGACUCCGAAAUGAACGACGACCAGAAAAAAGAGAAGCUCGUGGAGCUGAGAAAGAAAGAGAGAGAAAUCCAGGAUGAGCUCAGCCAAAAGCUCACGGCGCUGAAGGAAAUAUGCCUGCGAGAGGCUGAGCUCACUGGAAAACUCCCAAAAGAGUAUCCUGUCAGCAAGGGCGAGACGCCUCCUCGUGUUCGGAAGAGAGUUGGGACGGCCUUCAAGCUGGAUGACCUUUUUCCAUAUAAUGAGGAUCCAUAUCUCAGAAAUCUGGAGAGCCGCUUUGCGCUGCAGCAGAAAAUCGUUGAGGCGGCCAAGAAGCUGGCCGCUGAGCCUGACAUCUCUAAAUUAGCGAGGAAGAAGAGGAGGAGGAACUGUCUGGAUGCCAUGCAGAAACUGCAGGAGAUUGAAGAUGAAAUGAACCAGUACAGACUGAAGAAAGGACAGAAACCAACACAAAGAGCCUCCUUGCUCAUAGCAGAUGAACUGGCUAAAUCUGAGUGCAGCUCUCUCUGUGACAGUCUUCAGCUCGAUGACGAUGAUGGCAGCCAGAGGCCACGUUCUCGCUCCGUCCAGUGUUCACCAUGUCUUAGUCCUCCUUUGUCUUCUUCUGGCUUGGAGUAUGAACCAGAUAGACCUUCACCAGCCAUCGACACACGGCUUGACAGGUCUCCUAACAGAUUAGAUCACGAGCACCAAGGGCCCUGACAUUAUUACACUCCCCGUGAGGUGUUUUCCGCCCAAAGCAGUCCAUGUAAAACCUUACCCAGAAUGCCAAAGGCCCCCCACAGCUUACCUCAAACCCCCGUUAUGCCCCGUAACGCCUACAGCAGCAGCCAGCUCAGGUCAGAAGGUCACAUCCGUGGUUUCCGGCACCGCAGCGGCAGUUUGGAGUCUCAGUCUCAACUUCUCCACUCUCGCUGUUCAAAGUCGGUAUUUCCACUGUCUCCAUCCCGGCGUAGCAACAGUACCGAGGUAUUGGACGACUGCUCAUCCUAUUCCAGCAUGGACUACUGUCCACCGUGUUCAGUCACGCCUCCAUACCGCACGCUGGACUCUCAUUCCUACGAUUACCGGUUCCACCGCAAUACGGCGAUCUACGGCAAUACGGGCAGCAUGCCCAACCUGGUCCCCCAAAACUCCAGCUGUUACGCCUACCAGCAAAAUCACUACGGACCACAUGCGUACUAUGUGACGGGUUACCCCGGCUUUGAUUAUGAGCCCUGCUCUAACGGAGCUUACGUUUACGAGAGCGAACUUGAGGGUCACUAUAACCUCAACCCCUCUUACCCGACACACGGCUACCAUGGGCGUAGUCGGAACAGGCACUAUGGAAUGGAGGGGUCGGAUAAUUUGUUCCAGAACCCGUACGCCACAGUGAGACCUCCAAGAGGGAGGCAGGGACCCCUGAAUGAGGUUUUGACAAAGAACAUGUACAAGGCUUUGGUGGCUGAACAUCUGAAGGGAUGGUACAACCGCAGCGCCGGCCAGCACAGGGACCCGGGUGGAUGUCACCUGGUUUAUACCUACAAAUAUGAUCGAGGCUCUCAGCAUAGCCUGGGUUACCAGACCCUGCCGGCACCCUUCAGCCACUCCAGCAGAACCAACUCAUUCUCUUCAGUGUCAUCUACUGCCAGCGGAGGGGGAAACUGGCAGAAUCAUUUAACCGUGGGCCUGAAUGACAGUGAAUUGUCAGACACUCCCUUAGGUGCUGGGGCUUACAGUCCAUCAUACAGCCGCAGUCCAACACACAGCAGGUUCCCAGCAGAAUCACACACAUCAGAGCCUGUAGAAGUGUUCGGUGCCGUGGCCAGCUGUUCUGAUGCAGACCAUUAAAGAGCACACGAGGACAGCACGCGAGAAUAUCGCAGGAACACGACUACUGGAUUUUCCAGUUUCUGGAGGACCAAAAGACACGCAUGAAGAAGAAAGCAAACAGAAGCACCUUACAGACCGAUGUGGACACAUGGACCCAAAUCAUUGUGCCUUGCAAUGGGGCGUCUUUCAGUUCCAUGAGUCCAUCUGCGGCCGUGACAGUGGCCGUCUAGCUGAAGGAACGUCUGGUAGAUGCACAGACCUGUAGGACGUGGAAACCUGGAGCAUCAGUGUUUAUAUUUAGUACUGUAGUGAGCACAGAACGACAAGUUUACACACGAUUAGAGUGAAUGUGGUUUCAAACUGGAGUCAGGACGGAGGUACAGAAACUUGCCAUAUAUCACCGUUAGGACUUAUUUUUACAGUGUCAUAUACAAAACAAUGAUAGCUUUGAAAAUCCAUUGAAACAUCAAAAUUUGUAAAUAUUAUAAUGACUGGCCGAAAUAGGGUUUUAUUGCUUUUUAUUUGUAAUUUAUUGAGUUGUCACUGCUUAUCUUGUAGAAACAUUUAAUAUGCACUCUGGUGACGCACCAUUAGAUGAGAAGCGAAUCUUUUUACUGGCUUUACUGACGUUGAUCAUUACCCUUGCACAACCUUUGUGCUUAAGAACGACAGCACUUGAUCGAAGUAAAUUUAGUGAAAUAAACACAGAACGUUGAGACGUCUGUGGAAUCUCAGUCCAAUUUAAAGAUCAAAGUUCUUGAAAACUAGACGCAACUGUGGCAGAUUUGAGUUAUUCUACUAGAAAACUGUCAUCACUGGAGAAUACUGUAAGAAUGUCCUCAGUCUUCUUGACUCCAGCCUCAUUACCAAAAUACCCACGUGCCAUGUUGGAAUAACAGACCCACGUUGAAUCUGAUGUACAGGUUGUGAUUGUAUUUUCCUGUAUUGUCUGUAUUUGUGACUUAAGACGCAUGAGAUAUAAACGCACACGUUUAGCGAGCGGUUUAGUGUUUGUAGUGUAUGGUUUGAAUGUGAACAUUGAUCCUUGACGUGACCCAACAUCAUCGGAUGACCUGUGUUUGUACCCGAGCAAGUGUCUCUCAUUUUCCAACAGGAUGUGAAUAAAAACGAGGCGUGUAUGCAA